AUCAGGGGGCAGCCGGUCAAGACGUGAAAACAUAAAUUGAAGUUUUGCGUCGGAUGUUAAAAUUUCAAAAUUCAAAACACCCACUGCGAAAAACAAACGCAAUGACUGAUGUAAGCUCGUACAGAGACCAACACUUUAAAGGCUCUCGAGGGGAGCUGGACAAGCUAUUGCGGUUAUCGACGACCAUGUAUAUUGGAAACUUGGCGUUUUAUACAACGGAGGGACAGAUAUACGAGCUGUUCUCAAAGUGUGGUGAUAUUAAUCGCAUCGUCAUGGGUCUGGAUAAGUUCAAAAAAACGCCCUGUGGCUUUUGUUUCAUUGAGUACUAUACAAGGGAAGAUGCAGAGAAUUGUAUGCGUUUUGUCAAUGGCACCCGACUGGACGACCGCAUCAUAAGAACAGACUGGGAUGCCGGAUUCCUGGAAGGUAGACAAUACGGCCGUGGAAAAACAGGCGGCCAAGUGCGGGAUGAGUAUAGGACUGAUUAUGACAUUGGCAGAGGUGGAUAUGGCAAAAACGCUCAACCCAAGGCGGACAUGAUAAUAUUCGGCAGAAAUAAAGAUGCCCUUCCAAUGGAAUAAUGCUCAAUUUAAACACAAUCUCCUACCAAAUGAUCAUUUUUUAAAUAUAUAUAUAAUUUUUUUUUUGUCCUAUCAUGUGUAAAUUUCCUACCUACCACUUGAUUUUGUAAAUAAAUAAAUAUUUUAUAUGUUGUA